CACAUCCACAUCCACAGUCAACAUGAGCAACAGCGGCAUGAACAUGAGGGGCAAGAUCGUCUUCUAUGAGGACAGGAACUUCCAGGGUCGCUCCUAUGAGUGCAUGAGCGACUGCUCUGACAUGAGCUCCUACCUGAACAGGUGCCACUCCUGCAGGGUGGAGAGCGGCUGCUUCAUGGUCUACGACCAGCCCAACUACAUGGGAAACCAGUACUUCAUGAGGGGGGGCGGGUACUCUGACUACAUGAGCAUGAUGGGAAUGAGAGACUGCGUCAGGUCCUGCCGCAUGAUCCCCAUGCACAGAAGCCAGUUCAGGAUGAGGAUCUACGAGAGGGAGAACUUCGGGGGCCAGAUGCACGAGCUGAUGGACGACUGCAACAACGUCAUGGACCACUACCGCAUGUCCAACUGCAUGUCCUGCCAUGUGAUGGACGGCCACUGGCUGAUGUUCGAUCAGGCCCAGUACAGAGGCAGGGUGAUGUACCUGAGGCCCGGCGAGUACAGGAGCUUCAGGGACAUGGGCAUGAGCGGCAUGAGGUUCAUGAGCAUGAGGCGCAUCAUGGA